CUUUUUCGGCCGGGCCGGGCGGCGGGGCCGCACUCCGGUGGCGGCCGCGGCAGCCCCGACGGAGCGACUGCGACGCGCCCGGCGCGGGGUGGCGGUGGCUCCCGGCCCCGGGGUUAUGCGCUGGGGUGAUGGUCCCGCCGGCCGGCGCCAGGCUCCUCCCGCUCCCGGGCGGGAGCCCCCUCCUCAGCCUCCUGCUGCUGCUGCUCUGCCCCGGCGGCGGGUGCCUGCCGCGCCGCCGGCCCGCGGGGCCGCCCGUGGUGCUGGUUCCAGGAGACUUGGGUAAUCAGUUGGAAGCCAAGUUAGAUAAGCCAUCGGUAGUGCAUUAUCUCUGCUCUAAGAAGACAGACAGUUAUUUUACACUCUGGCUGAAUUUAGAAUUGCUUCUGCCAGUCAUCAUUGACUGCUGGAUUGAUAAUAUCAGGCUGGUAUAUAAUCGAACAAGUAAGAUUACAGAACCACCAGAUGGAGUGGAUAUCAGAGUGCCAGGGUUUGGGCAGACAUUUUCCCUGGAAUUCCUCGACCCAAGUAAAAGGAGCGUUGGCAGUUACUUUUAUAUGCUGGUGCAGAGUUUAGUAGAUUGGGGCUACAAACGCGAUGAAGACGUAAGAGGAGCACCUUAUGACUGGCGAAAGGCACCAAAUGAGAAUGGAGACUAUUUUGUGGCCCUUCGCAAGAUGAUAGAGUUAAUGUAUGAGCAGUAUGGAAGUCCUGUUGUUUUAAUUGCCCACAGUAUGGGUAAUAUGUACACCCUCUACUUCCUCAACCAUCAGACUCAGGAUUGGAAAGACAAGUACAUAAGGGAUUAUGUGUCAUUAGGCGCUCCAUGGGGAGGAGUGGCUAAAACUCUCCGUGUGCUGGCUUCAGGUGACAACAAUAGAAUACCUGUUAUCAGUUCGCUCAAGAUUAGAGACCAGCAGAGAUCAGCGGUUUCCACAAAUUGGAUGCUCCCCUACAACUACACAUGGCCUCCAGAUAAGGUCUUUGUAAGCACACCUACAGCUAACUAUACUCUUCGGGAUUACCGAAAAUUCUACAGGGACAUCAAUUUUGAAGAUGGCUGGCUCAUGAGACAAGACACUGAACCCUUGGUCUACCAGAUGACACCACCUGGUGUGCGUAUACACUGUCUUUAUGGUACUGGCGUGGAAACACCUGAUUCUUUCCAUUAUGAAAGCUUUCCUGACAAAGAACCCAAGAUUCUUUACAGCGAUGGGGACGGUACCGUAAACUUACAGAGUGCCUUGCAAUGUCAAAAGUGGGUGGACAUGCAAAAACAGGAAGUCAUGAUACUUGAGCUUUCAGGAAAUGAGCAUAUUCAGAUGCUAUCUAAUGAUACUACUAUCUCCUAUGUGAAAAAGCUGCUUUUUAAUUUGUGAUACCUUGUGUUGACAAUUAUUUUCCUCACCUGUGAUGCCUUCCCUUAAAUAUGGGAAAAUGCCUUUUAAUCCCUUGAUAUUUAGAUAUUUGAAUUAUUUAUUUUGUGGGUUUUUUUAAGGCUGUGUUUAAGAAGUUGUUUGGUGUCCUAAAUGAUUGUUUGUCUCUGAUUUGUGUUUAUGAUGCUUAUAUGGUACUUCCAUAUUCUGCAAAUUUGGUCAAAUAUGCAUUUUGGUGCCUCUAGUGUUGUGUCCAAUAUUCAUACAGACUUUCAUUUGGAGAUUGUGCAGCCCCUUGCACAUACUACGUAGAAUCAUAGAUACCAGAGUUCCUUUGUGUGGUCUUUGCAGGGUGUGGAGUGGGAGGGCUAGGAUGGAUCGCAAUUUCAGAUGCCCAUUAAACAAGGGAAUGAUAUUAACAAUUUGGGAAGCACAGUAAACUUCUUAAAGGGUAUUGCAUAUUCUGAUUCGCAGCUCCCAGUACCUUAGUUUGUAAAUGUGCAUGUCUACUAGGUAAGAUAGGGAAGAGCUCUGCCUGGUACUGUGCUUUUUGUCAUAAUCCAGCCUUUCUUUUAUUACAGCUUUUGGGGAAAAAGAUAGAUGUGUGAAUUACUUGAAGCUUCUUACUAGGCACCUUUUUUUGUUUUCUUUUUUAAAAGAAGGAGAAAUUGUUUGCUCGUUAACUUCUAGAACCUGAUUACAUAUGAUUUGGAAUCGGAGGAAUACCUUGUGCUUUAUCGAUCAAUGAGGGAAAGAAGCUAAACAGUGGUUGGUGCUUGCAGUAACUGUAGCUGUGUGGAGUAGCACAUAAAGUUAAUUGAAUAUUGGCAAUCAAUCCAUACAGUGCAGAAUUGCAUUUUUGGGUGAAAAACAAUCUCCUGUAGUGGAAAUUAUAAGGGAUGGUGGGCGUUAAUUCAAAAAGAAGAGUCAACUUCCUGAAAUGGGGUGAGGAAUAGAAGGCAGCAUAAUACGGUAUGAAGUGUAAACCUUGUUCUCAGUCAGACUCUGAUCUUAGCUUAGGCUCUGAUCCAGCUACUGACCAACUGCUGAUUGGAUCAACAGUACAUUCAGCUGAAAAGGAACUCUGUUUUAACACUAAUUUCCCAUAGAUUACAAUUUCCAUUAUUGCUUUUUGAACAAGUUGGGAUACGCUGUUCCUUAAAUGUUUCUAUAAAUUGCUGAACAUGCAGCUGUGUUAAUUUGCUACAGUAUUGUUUUACUCAAUGUUUAAAAAAUAGUAAUUCAGUUCUCAGCUCCACAGAAAUGAUAGCCUAAAGGCCACCGUAUUUACAACCUUGAUUACAGAAGUCCUGUUGGAGAGUUUCACUCAAAGAUUCUCUCUUGCUUGCUUUAAAACCAGUCACCCAGUUAGACUGCACUUAAGUCUUCUGAAAACACAGUUUUAAAUGCUUUCAAAAUGCUAGGUCCUCCAAGAAAAAUGUUUAAAGAGUUUUAGAAACUCAUCAGAACUAUUAAGGAUUCAUUUCUUAAGAAACUGAAGUUGUCUAAAGGGUAAAGUUUUUAACUAUUCUGGUAGCAUGCAUAAAAUGUUUGCUGCCAUUAGAUGUUUAAGUAAGAUGUGUUGAAAUGACAGGCUUGAACCCUUGUUACUACAGAAUGCAAACAUUUUGGCAUAGGAGGUAGGUUUCAGGCUUUAAGGUUUAAUUCAGAAAUGACUUAAAUCCAUAACAACUUGAACUAGGGUCACAGAUAAGCCAAGUAUCUUCCUUACAUAGCUUAACUUUUCCUCCUGCAUUUUCCCUAUUACUUUUGCUGAGGGAGAGUACAGUUUUCCUGAUUUUUAAAACAGAAUGUUUAUCUUCUCAGUUGCCAAGGAACCUAUAGUUCAGCAGCAAUAUUGCCUAAACUUUUCCAGAGUAAUUACUGAGCUGCCCCAAGCCAUUUGUAAUUGAUAAUGUUGAAAUAAAAAAACUAACAACCAACCACCACCCCAACACCAAACAACAAUAGUAACACCCCCCCACACACACACACCCCCACCCCCACCCACCCCAAGUCCUUUAGCCAAGUGUUCUAUUUUACGCAGGGCUGUCAGCUGGAUAAGCUUCAAGUUUGUGUUCCAAGACUGCUCAAAGACAAUAAAGCUUUUCCUGUGGUCUGACUCAAUUUUUGAAUACAUUGCUAUGUUACUGGUUUACAACAGAAAGAAAUUACAGAGAACAGCUUAUCACAAUCUGUAUUUCAUGCUGCAGUAGAAUGCCUGUUAAUAAGCACUGGAAUGAGUGGAGCCGUAUUGCAGGAUACCAACAUGGGCAUGAAAGGCUGAAAAAAAUUGAAAAACCUCAUAGAUAAACAGUUCUUAACCUGAUCUAGGGAAUGUUUCUGAACUUCAUUUAGAUCCUUGCCUAUUAACCUGUGGCAUUUUUUCUUUAUACUAAGAGUUUAGCUUCAGGGGGUUUUGUGAUUCGAAAUUCUAAAAUACAGGAUUCCAAAAGAUGGUCUUAUUUUGUUGUUGUCCUUUUUUCCUUUACUACUCCUUUUUAAUACUAGGUUUUGUGCCCCAGAAGAAAAAAACCUGAAACCUCUUGCUCUUUAAUUUUUGGCAACCUAGUAUUACUGUGUUUCUGAGAUCAGUUGAUUGUAUCUUUUAAGAUUGUAAAUCAGCUUUCCAUUAGUUGAGAUGCCCUAGAGUGUGUUUCUUUAAAUAAACUUGUGUUAACCUGGUAAAAUGAAGUGGAAAGUUUUUCAGGGCUUGUUUUGUUUGUUUGUCACGAUAAAGCCUUGUUGUGCAAGAAUGUGUGUACCAGAGUUCUGAGUACUGUGUUAGAGCAAGCACGGUGCUUCUGGCGAGACUUUGAUUGGAUGUCACGGUUCUGCAGGGUAUAGUUCUGUUUGAUGUCCAGAAGUUGUGAUUUUUCUACCAAAUCAUCUCCAACCCUUUCAUUUUAAGUGUCUUGCAUAUUAGGAUGGAGUUCUCAUUGAAAAGUGAAUGCAGGAAGUAAAACUGCGUUAUUCUAGUAGCUGAAACUGAACCACUUCACUCGGCAUGUUGAGAAGAGCUUACUGACUAUGGCAUGUUCCUCUACAAGGCAAGAGUAUUUAGCAUUACUGUUACAGGCCUGCUAGAGCCAGGUGCAUUGGAGCAGCCUAGAUUCUUGUGGGGAGAGAGGUCUUUAAGAAAUAAAUCUUUGAGGACAAUGUGGCACUUCCUUAAGAGGAGUAACUGAGGUGCUUUGCCACACUACACAGUUGAAAUGUUUGAAUUUACCGAUACGUCUUUGUGUUAUACCUAACACGUACUGAUCAUCUAUCUCUUUCCAUAAUUUUUCCUUGGUUUUAUUCUUCCAGGAUACUUUAAGAAACCAAAAAUACUCUUGUGGACCAAAUGUAUUUCUUAUUUUUGACAAAAUGUAUAGAAAAUGCUGAAGAAGCUUUUAGCUGUCAUUGUAAUACUUCUGAAGAGGUUCAGAGUCACUGUGUGAUUCUGCUAAAAAAAAUAGAAAGCUUCAAUAACUAGCAAUAAUUGCAAAGGACUUGCAGGCCAAAGGAAGGAAUGUUUGGUAUUAAGGUAGUUCUUGGAGCACGGUGUGUUCAAGGCCCUCUUAAAUUCAGGGAAUGUUUGGCAAUGACUUUGCUGCUCUACACUUAACAGUAUUUUGUAUGGAACAUAUUCUGAGACCUAGCAUUUUCUAUGCUCUUUUUGUGUAUUGAAUGCAUUCAAUAGAUUUUGAAUAUUUUAUUGUCAAUCUUUGAUAACAUAAUAAAGUUGAUCUAAUACA